CCUAGACUAGCAGGGUUUAGGGUUUAUGGCGAUGGCGGCAAUGCGGCGAGCGCUGUCGCGGGGGAUCAUCCGGAGGCGCUGCUGCGGCGCUCUCCAAUCCGUGCAAUGUGGCGCUUCCGGCGAUCGAUUCUUUAGCCGCCCGGCGUUUGGCGGCACCGAUUCGCCAUUGAUUCGUGAUCAGCCUGGCAGCUACUCCUUGUUCUUCGCGAGGGGAUUCGCGAAGAAGUCGGCAAAGGCGAAGAAGGCCGCUCGAGCACAGGAAGAAGAAGAGGACGAGGAAGAGGAGGAGGAGGAAAUUGAUUUGGACGUGGAGGAACCAAAGAGAGGUGCCAAAGAACACAUGGACGCCGCCAUGGACGCUCUCGCCACGGAGCUCGGUAAGCUUCGAACUGGGAGAGCCACUCCAGGAAUGCUGGAUCAUGUGGAGGUGGAAAUCGAUGAGAAACCUGUCGCGUUGAGUCACGUUGCUGCUGUUUCCGUCGUCAACUCCCAGACGUUGUCUGUCAUGCCAUUCGACACUUCUACCGUGAAAAAGGUGGAGGCUGCCAUUCGCUUGUCACCUUUGGGGCUGAAUCCGAUUGCAGCCGAGCAAAUCAUUUCGGUUCCAAUUCCAAAGCUCACAAAGGAACUGUCAGAUAGUAUGUGCAAGUUGGCUUCCAAGGCAGGGGAGGAUACUAAGAAAAGCAUCAGGAGAGGAAGGCAGACGGCGAUGGAUCAAUUGAAGAAGAUGUCAUCAAGCUUGUCCAAAGACGAAUUGAAACGUCAUGAAAAGGAGGUCGACGAGCUGACGAAGCAGUUUGUGAAAGCCGUAGACGAUGUGUGCAAGAAGAAAGAAGCGGAAAUCUCCAAAGGAGUGUAGUGGGUGUUCCAUCUUUUCUGUGUACAAUGACUUGCUCUUCCAAAGGUAGAAUUUUUCCAGUGCUUUUCGUGUUUCACUUAUGGUUUUCAUUUUCCAUUGCACGCGGGUCUAAUCAUCGAGCGCCUUUGGUGGUGAUGCAUGCAAGCCAAAUUUAUGAUACACUGAAACCCAAAACUAUCGGGGCUUUCAAUCC